GCUUCACAGCUCUCAGCAUCACCAACCAAAGGAGACAUCCAGCAUCCCCAGACCACUGGAGCGCCUACAGAGACCUCCGAGAAGACGUGAAGAUUGUUUUGUUAGAUUAAAAGCCUAUUAUUUCAUUGGAAUCUAGGCUUGCAGACAAUCUUAAUAUAUAGAUAGAUUUUUUUUUCUUUGGAGUGGCUGAUUUUGCAUCUCCUUGAUGCGCAGUUUAUCAAGGAUAAACCCAGACAGCCAUUACUGCGGCUCUUGUUUUGCCAAAGCAUCGUGGAGGAGAGCAGAUUCCUGCUUUGCCGCGACAGAGCUCUCAUCUAUCCCGACACCAUUUUGCUUUAAACAGAGCACCAACCUAAGAUUGGAUGUCUAACACAGAUUGAACUAGUCUCAGGAAGCAGUGGGGCUCCAGUUUGGCACCUUCUUUAGCUGACCCCUAACCUUGAGAUUCUGAUAACCCACUCCUGGCAUCAUGGGAACCGUGCUAUCGCUUUCACCAAGCUACAGGAAGGCCGCCCUGUUCGAGGAUGGCCCGGCCACCGUGGGCCACUACACGGCGGUUCAGAACAGCAAGAACGCCAAAGACAAGAACCUUAAACGGCACCCACUCAUCAACGUACUGCCUUGGAAACGAAUAGUAGCCGUCUCCACCAAGAAAAAGGGGUCUAAGAAGGUGCAGCCUAAUACCGGUUACCAGAACAAUGUUUCUCACCUCAACAAUGAGAACCUCAAGAAGUCGCAGUCUUGUGCAAAUCUCUCCUCCUUUACACAGGACCAGUCAAGUCCAUCAAACCAAGGCUCCAAAAACUCCAACAACACAGCUUCCUCGGUCAAGAAGGCACCUCUUUCCAACUCUAACAUUGUUCCCGGGACACCCAAGAGGGUGAUAGUCCAAGCCUCCACCAGCGAGCUGCUGCGCUGUUUGGGAGAGUUCCUCUGCCGGAGAUGCUAUCGACUCAAGCAUCUUUCUCCCACCGACCCCGUGCUGUGGCUCCGUAGUGUGGAUCGUUCUCUGCUGCUUCAGGGCUGGCAGGACCAGGGCUUCAUCACUCCGGCCAAUGUGGUUUUCGUCUACAUGCUCUGCCGUGACGUGGUCUCUUCCGAAGUGGCUACGGAGCAUGAGCUGCAGGCCGUGCUGUUGACCUGCCUUUACCUGUCUUACUCUUACAUGGGCAAUGAGAUCUCAUACCCUCUCAAGCCGUUCCUGGUGGAGACCUCCAAGGAGACAUUCUGGGACCGCUGCCUGUCCAUCAUUAACAUGAUGAGUGCCAAGAUGCUGCAGAUCAACUCGGAUCCACACUAUUUCACCCAGGUCUUUGCAGACCUCAAAAAUGAGAGCCAGAAGGAGGAGGAGAGGAGUCGUCUGCUCAUCGGCCUGGACCGGUGAGGGGGCUAUGGGUAUGUCUUUGGUGGCACUCUCGUCUAGCAUUUUUUAAGGGAUAGUUCACCCAAAAAUGAAAAUUCUAAGAAAACUAUUCACCCUGAUGUUUUUCCAAACCUGCAUGCCCUUCUUUCUUCUGUGGAACACAUUUUGAAAAAUGUCUCAGUGUCUCUUAGUCCAGGGACAAUGGGGUCCAACAGGUUGUUUAACUCUCAUUGUAGACUCUUAAAAAUAAAGGUUCCGAGUGGGGAUUUUCACAGCGAUACCAUAGAAGAACCAUUUUUAUUAGUGUGAAGAACAUUUUAAACAUCUUAAGAACUCUUUUCCUCUACAAAUAACUUUUUGUAGAAUGGAAAGAUUCCAUGGUUGUUUAUGGUACAUUGUGGAAGAAUAUAUAUAUUUUAUCAUUGAAAACAGUAUAUUGUUAUGUCUCUUCUUCUUUUAGAAGAUAGAAAAGAGGGUGAAUAAGUAAUGACAACAUUUUUCAUUUUUGGGUGAACUAUCCUUUUAAAUAGUUCCUACAUGGGUGGAAUAAAUAAUGAGACAUGUUUUAGUGUAUUAUUCGCAUUCAUAAAUUUUAUAGGAAGCACUAGGUGAUGCUAAUGUUGUUCUAAAGGAGUAGUGAGUCUUUCAAUACCUUUAGCAAUGGCAAUUUUGGAACUGAAUACAAAGAAAUGCCAGACCUGAGUGGACCAAAUGCUCUAAAGAAGUGAAUAUUUAAAAGCACUGACAAAAAAGACUUCAAAAGACACAAUGAGACAAAAAGAACAACACAACUUUGAAUGUGGACAGGAAUCCAGCUGUUGUCUAGCUGACUUCUGGACACUUUGCACCAAGAUCCUUGCCACCACUGUCAACAGAACUGAAGACUGAUUCAUAAUCAACAGACACUUGUUCUCCUGUGUCCACAAAACUGGACACUCGCUGAAUGCUAAACACCUAGCUGUUGCAAAUUCAGUUACAGCCAAUUGCAAAAAGGGAAGAGGGGUGUCUGAGCGUUAGGUUGAGUGUAUUUAUGUUUGCAAGCCACAAACAAAGAAAAAAGGGAAAUGACUUUGAGGCCAGCGUUGCACAGUGGCUGUUAAUAUAGAUGGUGAAAGGAGAGGUUGUCAGCACAUUUGUUAGAAAGACCUACUUUAUUUUCAUCCAUGAUACAGAGUUAAACAGAUCCUCUCCCGUGGUUUAUGUCUCUGAAGCUUUUUCAUUUUUUAAAACAACUGUAUUCAUCUGAAUGCACACACAACCUGGAUGAUGUAAACUACUUUGAGUUUUUUGUAAGCCGACUACAUGUGUUUAGGGAAUGAAA